CGUCGUUUUACUGUUGACUUGAUGAAGACUUCGUGUUAUCCUACAAUACAAGAAGCGUUAGUGCUGGGUUAGGAAAGGAGUCUCCGAUGUUAGUUCUCCGAUGCUUUAGUCAGUGCUCAGUUUUGUAGAAAGAAGUAAUAGCUGUCAACUGUAGCAAAUAGCAUGUGUAAAUAAGAAACAUCGCAUAUCUCGUCUAUCGAUGAAGAUCUUUUUUAUAAUGUCAUUAUUAUAUUAUGCACCCAUCUCAAAACAUUAAUACAUUUCCCAAAAUUUUCCUUUGAAAGGGCGGGCCCAUAAGUCGUUGUGACUUGACAGACUGGAAGCUUCUAAAGGACAAUUUGCCGACAAGAUAUUCUCUGUUCUUUUUGGCAUAAACUUUUAAAAGAGUACAAUAUGAGAGGUAUUUGGUUUAGUUAUAGGUCGACCAGAGACCACUUGGCCAGGCGAUUACAAGCUAGGCUUUUCAGAACGCAACCAUCAACUUGUUCUUCACUCGACCGAUCGGCCCUGUGCCCGAUCGAACCUUAGGUCCGAUCGGCUAGGAUGGUGGGUCGGGUACAUCGGUACUUAACUCCAAAUUCUAUUUGCGAGUUGCGAAGGACGACAAUUUGGCCGAUCUGGCUGGCCCUUCACGUUCAACCGGUAUUGUGAGGCCUGCUCGGCCAACCUAAUCUUGCCUAGUCAACCAUUCCAAGUCCGUCCGACCUUGUGACUUUGAUCUCCAUAUCAACUGAUCCUCCCGGCUUUGACCUACUUUUUGAAGAUGUGCAUUCUUAUAUUCGUGGGGAACAAUGGUGAGACCUACUUCAAUACUGCAGCACUGGUUUCCUGUGUACAGAACUUCCCCCAAAACAGGGGGCCUGUAGUGGGCAUUCUGAAGGGAUUUGCUGGUCUGAGUGGGGCUAUUUUAACUCAGAUAUAUGUGAUGAUGCACACCCCUGAUCAUGCUGCUCUCAUUUUUAUGGUUGCGGUUGGUCCGACGAUGGUAGUCAUUGCCUUAAUGUUCAUUGUCAGACCAACUGGAGGACACAGACAAGUGAAACCUUCAGAUGAACAUAGUUUUACCUUCAUCUACAGUGUCUGCCUGCUUCUUGCUGCUUAUCUAUUGGGUGUCAUGCUACUUGAAGACCUAGUCGACCUGAGCAGAUCUAUCACUACUACAUUUACACUCAUUCUACUCUUUGUGCUUUUACUCCCUAUUAUCGUACCUGUGUUCUUGACAUGUUGGAGUGAUCUUCCACCGAGUCAGGAGAGUCUUUUGCCUGAGCAUCAGGAAGAACAAGAAGGACCUGCAAAAGGACAGGAGGUGAUAUUGAGUGAGGUUGAGGAUGAGAAACUUAAGGAAGUUGACUUGCUUCCUGAAUUGGAGAGGCAGAAGAGAAUAGCACACUUGCAGGCAAGACUUUUGUUAGCUGCAGCUGAUGGGGCUGUGAGGAUCAAACGGAGAAAAGGCCCGCGCAGGGGAGAGGAUUUCACUCUGUUGCAAGCACUUAUUAAAGCAGAUUUUUGGCUACUGUUUUUCUCUCUUUUGUUGGGAUCAGGAUCUGGUCUGACAGUUAUCGAUAAUUUGGGUCAGAUGAGCCAAUCUUUGGGCUAUGUAGACACCCACAUCUUUGUCUCCAUGAUCAGUAUUUGGAACUUUCUUGGACGAGUGGGUGGAGGCUACAUUUCUGAGGUCAUUGUCAGGAAUCGGGCAUAUCCGAGGCCAGCAGCACUUGCAGUAGCUCAAAUUUUGAUGUCGUUUGGCCAUCUCUGCUUCACGACCGAUUGGCCGGGUGCAAUGCACAUCGGAACUCUGCUGAUUGGGCUUGGAUAUGGUGCUCAUUGGUCUAUCAUACCAGCUGCUGCCUCUGAAUUGUUUGGCUUGAAGAACUUUGGAGCAUUGUACAAUUUUCUCACAGUAGCAAAUCCAACUGGUUCAUUGAUCUUCUCUGGUAUUAUCGCAAGUAGUAUUUACGACUAUGAAGCGGAAAAACAAGCUCACAUGCGCAUUAACUCACCUUCAUUUGGCACAAUUCUGGGUGUUGCAAAUUUGAGUGAAGAGAAAGCACUCAAGUGUGAGGGAACUAUAUGCUUCUUCGUGUCUUCCUUGUUGAUGUCAGGGUUCUGCGUCAUCGCAGCUAUCCUGAGCGCGCUUCUCAUCUACAGGACUAAGGUCGUGUACGCUAACAUCUAUGGCAGUCAGGUAGCAAGAAGUUUAACGAGAAGCAUAUGUAAUGCCUAAAAUAUGAUAUGCUUUCAUUGGCUAUAGUAUGUAAGUCUGUUUUAGACCUGAAAUGGUUAUAAAAGACGAAUACGGUCACCUCCAACGCCCCCAUCAAUCCAUCCCAAAGGUUUUAGACCAGAAAUGUAACUAUAUUGCAGUGUCCAAUGCUUGAAAUUGAGGGGAAGAUAAGCAGUUAUGCUGAUGUUAAUAUUGACAUUCUAUGUAAUUUCAAUUAUUGCUGAAUAUAAUACUUCAUCGUAUUGGCUUCGGAAUUA